CGAGGCUCCACAAAAGAUAUGGCACGUACUCCCAACCGUCGGGAUAUUGCUCGCUCACUUCUGGCGGCCGAAGACUUCCCACCGCUCCCAUCGCAAAUCUCGCAGCACGCAACUCCCAACAACUCAUCCGACAUUACGUCUGCGCCAAAAAGAGGCCAUGAAUCAGUAACAUCCAUAAUGAGUCUCCCUGAUGAGAUUUUGUUAGAGAUAUUGGAACAUCUUCAUCCUGGUCGUUUCUCAACCUGCCUUCGUCUCUCGCGUGUCAAUAGGAGGUUUUACUUCCUGGUGCGCAAUGAGCUGUAUCUCCGCUACGAUAGUUGUUCCAAACAAGGGUACCAAUUCAUGCGCACAAUCAUGAUCAGCCCGGAAAUCGGGGACCUCGUACGUUACGUUCACUUUUCUUGCCCUGGGCAGGACAUACGUCACCUCCUGGGAAGAAAACAUCCCCCCACAACGCGGAAAUAUUAUCAACCCACGCCCUCCGACUGCAGAAUCAUCAAGAAUGUAUUGAAGCAGCUAGAUAUUCCAAGAUGGAAAGACUGGGCUACGCAGUGUAAUCAUGCAAUCUACGACACCAAGCAGGAGCCCAUCUACGCCACCAUUCUGAUGCAUGUGCGCAACAUCGCGAAGCUUAUCAUCGACCAGGAUGAUUUUGCAGAUAAAAAUCCCAGGUGGAUUGAGCUGAUUCGAGGAUCUGUGAACGGGGAAUCUUUCAAAAAUGUCAACCAUUUUACCCAUCUGCAUUAUGUGCGAGUACGAGUCAGGCACUUGGGCAUGCCGAAACUCGCCCCCCUGUUCAAGCUUCCGGCGCUGAGAUACCUCAAGAUUAUUGAUGUUGUACAUAACAUGCAUGCUCCAAGGGCUCACUUUGGACAAAUGCGUACUCGGAUCCGACAUGAUUGAGGUCUUGCUACAAUGUGUUCAUUCGUUACGAUCAUUCAAGCAUCAUCCUCCCCGCUAUUUGCCGCGGUACGAAAACCCCC